AUGGUAGAUUCUGGAAGAUACGCUCCCAGGGUUAGGCAAGCUUGCCGUCCAUGCGCCAUCAAAAAGCUCAAAUGCACCGACACCAAACCAUGCCGAAGGUGUAGAGCAAAGAACAUUUCAUGCGAUUAUGAUCAAAGCCCUGAACCAGCGCAACACCAAGCGCCUGAUGCGGUUGAAAUCGAGGAUGUAGAUGGAGAUGUAUUAUUGAGCGAAGAGACCGACCUGGGCCAGGCUUCCGCGACUGCUGAGAUGGGCUGGCCACAAGUACCAGAAGAAGAUGGGACUCACGCAGAAAUUGCCGCCUGCUCAGUUUCUGCCGACGUCGGCUGCGGUCAUAUGGACCAAAGUGGUAUCCCUGGCCCUGUUAUCGAGUAUGGUCUAACACUGAGCGAGAUGGAAACUUUGAGCACAUCAAAUGAUGUGACAUUUCACGACAUCCUGGGAUGCGCCUUUGAUCUUCCUAGCUUCGGCGACUUCAUCCAGCCAGAGCCGAACAUUGAUUUUGAUGGUCUCGAUUUACCAUUCCUGGGAGACUUUAUCACCACACCUAUCGCCCAGUCGAUUGACCAUAGUGUGUCUGAUUCGACAGCACUUCAUUCACCGGCGAUGCUGAUAACAACAGAAGCUUAUGAAGCAUCUCAAGUUCGACAAGGCUGGAUUCCUGGCCCGAACGACAUCAAUUCAGAGACUGAGAGUCUUGAACUUCCAUCUACUGCUGGAUCAGAUGUCUUGGCAAUGUUACGUGACAAGAGCUCAGUGCUCGGGAAGGACAACAUGACUGUUGGCACGAGAGACAAAAUCCUGGUGAUGAUCUACUCGAAGACUUCGAAGUCAAUCUGGGCACGAAUGAGCAGGACAUUUGAGCUUGUUGAUGUUCUUCACGGCAUCAUUCUCCAUGCUUUAGUUCACAUGCAAGAGAAACAACUGAUUCCCUUUAUGCACCUGCCUUCCUUCAAUGUCAACGAACAGCGGCCCGAGCUACUCUGUGCUCUCGCGGCUUAUGGUGCGGUAUGCUGGUCUAGUUCCACUAUGCGGAAGUUCGGAUACGGAUUGCAAGAAUUGGUUAGGCUUUCUAUCCAUCAGAAGCUUGAAGAGGAGUGUACAUCAGUCAGAGAUCUUGGCGUCGCCCAAGCAUAUUAUAUCCAACUAUACUUGGGAUUUUGGAGUGCCAUCAGCGCCAAGAUCGAAGUUGCAGAGAGCAGCUCAAUGCUUGGAGUCACAAUGAUUCGUCGAGGGAAGAUGCUCCAAGCUGGCGAGUACCAGUCUCCCGAAGAAAUUCUGGCACUUCAAGGAUUGUCUCUGAAACAAAAAUGGAUGAAGUGGGUUAAGCAAGAAUCAAGAAUCCGCUUGACCUACUUCGCCGUGCUCCUCGACGCCGGCGUGUCACUCGCCAGAAAUAUAAACCCUCUCUUUGCAUAUUCUGAAAUGAAUGGACCGGUUCCUGCAUCACGUCGGCUAUGGGAAGCAGUUACGGCCGAUGAAUGGUACGGUAUAUUGAUGCAUAACACCGAGCUGGAACUCAAAUGGCCAUAUUAUGCUAAGAGACUGUUACGCCAGCCUCAACUGAUCAGGGGAGCUCAGGAGCUCAUUGACACCACCGCAGUAACCGCAGUGAUGCUAGCGGGGUUGUGGGGGCUAGUUUACGAGUAUCGCCAGAUGGAGUUACUGCACUCAGAGAAUCAGGACUGGAAUGGCUUUGUGCUCAACUCCCGAUACUCAGACUUGGUCACCCUGUCAGAUCAGAUGAGAUCAGAGCUUUCCGACCUCGACAGGCUAGACACCCAGGUAACCCUUUUCCAAGAACUAAUUUCUCUGCAUCUGAACGCAGCAUACUAUGAGAUAGCCAACUAUGCUGGCCGUGGAACAGCGACGGAAGCUCAAGACGCGAAACCAUAUGUUGAAUGGUGGCACAAAGGUCCGCAGGCGCGCCGGGCGAUGUGGCACGCUGGUCAGAUCUUUCGUUUCGUCAACAUGCUUAACCCAGGCACACUUACAGAUAUACCAGUGAUUGCCAUCUACCACGCCACGGAAGUACUUUGGGUAUGGGGCUUGAUGCAGCGAACGCAGCAACCCAUACCCGCGACAGAUACAAUGCCUAAAGUCAUAUUGAAUGACGAAGAGAGCCCCGAGGUGAUGAAAUUUCUAAGGACAUCCCGCGGGCAGCCAGGGAUAAGCGGCUCUAUGGGCCGUUUCGUGCCUCUGACUGAACCAGCCUUGAUCGCCGAUUUCGCAAACGACGCCAUUAAAACUAAUUGGGGUACACAUAUUGAGCCCUGGACCACAAGUGAGGUAUCUCGCCUGAUACAUGGAUUUUCGAAGAUAUACCGUCAACGAAUCGCUGGUUGA